AUGGUCAAGUGCCCAGCUUGUCCUCAUCCUGGAUGCAAUCUCCCUGACAACUGGGAAAAAGCAGGGCCUUUACUAUUCUUGUAUGCCCUCUUCAUCACUGUCAAUGGAAACUUCAAACUCAAAGGCAAAGAACGGCAUCUUAAAGAUGUGGAGCUGAUGCUGGGAUGGGGGUAG